ACAUCAGUUGAAGAUACAGUGCCUGAAAAGUGAAAUGUUCGAUCCUAUUCAUGAAUGUUAAGAAAUGCAAAACGGAAAAAGCUUGGCUACAGGAAGCUUAAUAUGCGAACUAUAUGACUGUUUUGAACGGAAUUGACUUGUGUAGACAACAAACAAAACACAGACUAUCGUAAUCUCAGUUUCAACAUGGCUGAAAGGGGUACUGAAGGUUGGGUUAAGUUCUUCCGGGAAGCAGGAAUUCCUGCAGCAAUAGCUGCAGAUUAUGCUAUCACGUUCAAUGAUAAUCGCAUACAGAGGAAUAUGCUGUUGGAUUUGAACAGAGAAAUACUAAAGGAAAUGGGCAUUACGUUGAUAGGAGAUGUCAUUGCAAUAUUGAGACAUGCAAAAACAGUUCAUGACAAGAGAGCACGUGAAAGAAUUUUGGCUGCACAAUCAUCACCACAAAAGACUGCAUCCCGUGGCCAAAAAGAUGGAACAGAGACAUCAGUAAAGGCAAGGAAACACAACGCAUCAAAAGAAUCAGGAAAACAGCCUCUCUCACUGGCUGCUCAAAAUGAAGUGGUGACUGUGGCCCCAAAAAAACGUAUUGCACCUGUUCAGUCUGAAAUUGCGGUCAGGCAGAAUGAAGAAGAGGAUACCAGCAUGGAGGUGGACGAUGAAAUAAAAGUCAUCACACCGGUUCAACCACCCACAAAGAAGGCACGCAUGGUUCUACCAGAGCAUGAAGGUGGUUACCGCAUCACCAUGCCUGCAGGCACGACACCUCGAAGCCGUGCCAUCCUUUCAAUGGUUGCAGCGAGACAAUCAAACAAGCACCGUGGAACAGUGUUUGACCGCCUGGGAGAAUGUGUUGUGUCGAGCACUACAGGAGGAGGGACUCCUCCGGAAGAACCAGCCGGUGCUGGAACGACAGUCAUUACUGUCACAGGAGUAACUCCCAGUCCGAACAAGGUAGGAAAUUCAGUAUUUUCCCGUCUAGGAGGAAAGAAAGCAGCUGCAUCACCUGUGGCAAAUUCAGCAACACCCGUGCGUGAUAUGAGGUCGAGUGGGCCAGUGUCAGGGCAGCUGCAGUAUGCAGGCAUACUUAAAAAGAAUUCGAAUUCGCCGUCAAGGAAAGGCACUAUUGUAAUAAAACAAAAAAAGACUGGGACCAUGCGAGCAGAUGAGGAAACAGGAACUGCAAAAGAACGAUUGGGACUGAAGGAAGAUGGUCAAAAAGGGAGCACACCUAUUGAACCUGCAGUGGUCAGAAAGAUUCUUUCAACAACAGGAAAGAUGUCUGCGGGAAUACUGAGCAAUCCAGAAAAUGCUACUACUCGGAGCGUGAAAACGAGGUUAGGUGUUACGAUAACUAGUAGACAACCAUUAAAACAGGCUGGCUUUAGACCGCGUAUUACUGGCCCAAGUAGUGAAAGUGGGACACCAGUCAUGAAGAUUGUACCUGGAAUAAGAAAUUCUUUUGGCAGGAGUUUUGUCUCUCGAGGUGGCAGCCAGUGGAGGGGCGGCAGAUUUUCAUCAAGACUGGCAGGGAGGCCCAGUUUUAGGCGCUAGUUCCUCUCUUAUCGAGACUGUAAUAUUCCUUGUAUGCAAAUGAAUCUGUCGAUAAUAAUAGAAUGAUUGUAAUGUUGUAUAAUUAAAAAGAAUGAAGGCUCUUGUCACAUGGAGUGUGGGGCAUUUUAUGGAAGUGAACAAUAACAGGCUGAUUCCAGGAUGUGUGGAGUGAAAAAUCGGAGAUACAGCCCACUCUGUCAGAUAAAAGUAUACUUGUUGAGCUCUGUAUUACUAUUAUUACAGUAACUAUUUUUCUAAAGAUCUGUUAAUGUAUGCAUGAUUAUUGAUAAAGGAUACAAUGUCCUAUUCAUUUCAGUACCCUUUUGCAAGUAUAAUGGCAUGUUAACAGGAAAUCAAAAAGAAUGCCAACAAAAUUUACUUUUAUGUGGUGGUAAGAUGUGCAGUUGAAAUUUUUGUGGGCCACCAUCUGUUUAAUUUUUCUUCUUCUUCUUCUUCUUCUUCUUCUUCUUCUUCUUCUUUGCUGCUUUUAAGUGCAUAACAGUUUGACAAAUGUAUGUAUUGAAUUUAAGAUUGUGUGGCAUCAUCUACUCAUAAGUAGAAAAAAUGAGACAUGUUUAAUAUGGUUUGCUUCUCCUUUUCCUUCAGAAAAUUAAAGCAGUCUAAGUUAAGAAAAUUAAUCCCCUAAAGCAUCUGAAAUUCUCUUGUUGUAUUUCAAACCAUGUUAAGGAUAGCUCUAAACUGCUCUACUUACCAAACUAACAUGCUACAAUAUCUGUAACAUAAUUUGAAUUGUAUGUUUCAUUAGCAAAUCCUAAUCAUGUAUUUGUAUUUCAUUUGUAUAUACUUUAGUCUGAAUUGCUUGUGUGCAGAAUAUUGCCAUUUGUGUUUCAUUUGUGUAUACUUUAGUCUGAAUUGCUUGUGUGCAGAAUAUUGCCUUUGUCUGUCCUAGUUUUCUGGGACACAAUUGAAAAUAGAAUCCUGAAAAUUUUUUUGCCUAAUGAUGUGAAAUUAGAUCUGAUUUGUAGUCAGUGAUGAUACUC